CGCCGCCGCUCCGCCGAGGCGCUGCGCCCCCCGGGGGGGGAGGCGGAGGAGGCGGGCAGCGGCGGAGGGAGGGGAGCCGGGGAGGGGGGCGCCGCGCUGGGAGGGAGGCAGCGCGCACGGUGCAGCCGGGCCGGGCGGGAGGCAUGGCGGGGCCCCCGGCCCUACCCCCGCCGGAGACGGCGGCGGCCGCCACCACGGCGGCCGCUGCCUCGUCGUCCGCCGCUUCCCCGCACUACCAAGAGUGGAUCCUGGACACCAUCGACUCGCUGCGCUCGCGCAAGGCGCGGCCGGACCUGGAGCGCAUCUGCCGGAUGGUGCGGCGGCGGCACGGCCCGGAGCCGGAGCGCACGCGCGCCGAGCUCGAGAAACUGAUCCAGCAGCGCGCCGUGCUCCGGGUCAGCUACAAGGGGAGCAUCUCGUACCGCAACGCGGCGCGCGUCCAGCCUCCCCGGCGCGGAGCCACCCCGCCGGCCCCGCCGCGCGCCCCCCGCGGGGGCCCCGCCGCCGCCGCCGCCGCCGCGCCGCCGCCCACGCCCGCCCCCCGAGUAGUGAAACGAGAUGCUCCCCUUGUAGCUGACCCGGAGCACGGCUCCGCCGCCCGGGAGCCGCCGCUGCCGCCGCCGCCACAGCCGCCGGCGCCGCCACAGCAGCAGCAGCCGCCGCCGCCGCAGCCACAGCAGCCGCCGGAGGGGGGCGCGGCGCGGGCCGGCGGCCCGGCGCGGCCCGUGAGCCUGCGGGAAGUCGUGCGCUACCUCGGGGGCAGCGGCGGCGCCGGCGGCCGCCUGACUCGCGGCCGCGUGCAGGGGCUGCUGGAGGAAGAGGCGGCAGCGCGGGGCCGCCUGGAGCGCACCCGCCUCGGAGCGCUCGCGCUGCCCCGCGGGGACAGGCCCGGACGGGCGCCGCCGGCCGCCAGCGCCCGCGCGUCGCGGAGCAAGAGAGGUGGAGAAGAGCGAGUGCUUGAGAAGGAAGAGGAGGAAGAAGACGAGGAAGACGAGGAUGACGAGGAUGAUGUGUCUGAGGGCUCAGAGGUGCCUGAGGGUGACCGUCCAGCAGGUGCCCAGCACCACCAGCUUAAUGGCGAGCGAGGCCCUCAGAGUGCCAAGGAGAGGGUCAAGGAGUGGACACCCUGUGGACCCCACCAGGGCCAGGAUGAAAGCCGGGGGCCGGCACCUGUCAGUGGUACCCGCCAAGUGUUCUCCAUGGCAGCCAUGAAUAAGGAAGGGGGAUCAGCCUCUGCUGCCACUGGGCCAGACUCCCCGUCCCCUGUGCCUUUGCCCCCAGGAAAACCAGCCCUACCAGGGGCCGAUGGAACCCCCUUUGGCUGUCCCUCCGGGCGCAAAGAGAAGCCGGCUGACCCCGUGGAGUGGACGGUGAUGGACGUGGUUGAGUACUUCACCGAGGCCGGCUUCCCAGAGCAGGCAACAGCUUUCCAAGAGCAGGAAAUCGAUGGCAAGUCUUUGCUGCUCAUGCAGCGCACAGAUGUGCUGACUGGCCUGUCCAUCCGCCUGGGCCCAGCCCUGAAAAUCUACGAGCACCACAUCAAGGUGCUGCAGCAAGGCCACUUUGAGGAUGACGACCCUGAUGGCUUUCUAGGCUGAGCGCCCAGCCUCCCCCCAGCCCCAGCCCAUUCCAGCCCCCAUCUCACCCAAGACCCCCGGAGUCCAGGAGCUGGAUGGGGACACUCUCAGCCCUCAUAACAGAUUCCAGUGAGGGGGCAUUCCUCCCUACUCAUCUCUUCCCUGUGUUUCCCCGGCAUACACACAUCUGGCCCCCAGCACAUCCUAUACUCCAUGAUAGAGGAGUGUGGGGUGGGACAGGGCCUGCUCAUGUCACCCCAGGAGGCUAGCCCUCCCUCCAAGUCUAGGACAUUUUUGAAAAAAAAAACAAAAA